CCCCAACUCUUGCCACUCAAUCGUUCAACCACAUUUUGUAUUUUGAUAAACAAUCCCUCAUGGCUCAUCCUGUGCGGAGCAUCUCUUCAUUUGUAUAUCCUCAUGCCCAGUUGAUCGAUGAGAAGCAAUGGCUCUCCGUCGUCCGAAGCAGCAUCGAGCAAGAGCGCUCCAAGAGUAACAGUAAAGUUUCCAUUUUCGUCGUCCCCAAAACCCUGAUGUAUAUGGCUCCUAAUUGUUACACUCCACAGCAUGUUGCCCUCGGUCCCAAUCAUUACUGGCGGCCUGAGCUCCAUGACAUGGAGGGAUACAAGAUUGCCGCCGCGAAAAGUGUUCAACAGCAGCUUCGAUAUCAAAGCCUUGAGUUCAAAGAUCUUGUUCAGAAAUUCAAGGGGGAGUUUGUGCCGGAUCUUCAAGCUUACUAUCAAAGGUUUAUACGUUUAGGUGACGAAAUUUUGGCCUGGGUGAUGGCAGUUGACACAGCUUUCUUGCUUGAGUUCCUUCAAGUAACAUUCUACGCCGUUGAAGAAAAUAAGAAGUCAAAGAUACCUCUUGUAACUUCUGUUGGUGGCGAGAUUCUUUCAGCGGAAGACGACGUGGUGCAUAAGAAAGCGUAUGCCCUCUCAUUGAUGUCACAAAUGCGAGAUUAUGCAGGAAGUCUAGCAUCUCGUAACGCGAUUUUAAGAGAUGUGAUCAUGCUUGAGAAUCAAAUUCCUUUGUUUUUAUUAAGAGAGAUGCUAACUGUUCAAUUUUCUACCACAGAAGAAUCAGCAAAUAAUAUUUUGUUUCCCAUGUUGAAGGCUUUUUGUAAAGAGGUUUGCCCUUUCAAGUUCAUGGUUGAUAGUUCAACAAAGAUUGAAGUUUCAAAGAGUGCCCACUUGCUCCAUUACAUGUACCAAAUGGUUCUGAAUGUUGAAAAAUUAUCACCUCCAGAAAACAAAACGAAGACUGAGGAAGAAGAUGAUAAACACAAAGAAAAUUCUCUCAGUGCAAGUGAUAACAUUGUUACACUCCUGUCAAAGGUUAAAAGUCUUCUUUCCAAUCUAAAAUUGCCCAAAAAGUUAAAACCAAUAGCUAAAGCUACUGCAUUAGUUGUUAAAAUUCCUUGGCAUUGGAUCUAUAAACAAAAAGAUGACGAUUCUUUGGGAGACAAUGAUGAUUCCAACAAAGCAGCGGAGAUCGAAAUCCCCUCUGCCACAAAACUCGAAAAAGCCGGCAUCAGUUUUUCUGCCGUUCGGAGAGGUAAAUUCCCGGACAUAAUUUUUUUUGACUCCAAAAGAGCAAGAUUUAAGCUACCCACCAUCACUUUAGAUGAAAACACAGAGGUGGUUUUGAGAAAUUUAGUGGCAUAUGAAGCGUCAAAUCCUUCACACUCAUUGUACUUUACACGUUACACUGAACUGAUGAAUGGGAUUAUUGAUACUGCUGAGGAUGUGAAGCUUCUGAAGAGAAGAGGCAUCAUCCAGAACGGCUUAAAAAGCGAUGAAGAGGCAGUGAAGCUAUGGAAUGGCAUGAGUAGAUCAAUUAGAUCGACAAAAGUGCGUGAGUUGGAUGAUUUAAUCAAAGAGGUUAAUAGAUAUUACAAUCGAGGAUGGUUAAUUAAGGCUAAAAAAUAUGUGGAAAAUUAUGUGUAUGAAUCUUGGCAAUUUCUCACAUUGCUGGCUGCGAUUCUGCUCUUGCUAUUGGAGAUGUUUCAAGCUGUUUGUUCGGUCUACAACUGCAACACCAUAUUUCAUUUCGAGAAUCCGGCUGAGUAAUCUUUAGUGUUCUGCAUGUUUUAUGUAUUAAAAUUUGAUAUAACGUGUGCUUUUAUUUUAUUAAUAAAAGUUGGGAGUGUGCAAGGCUUGUAAUUACCAUUAAUGUAUAAAAUGUUCCGAGGAAUUUGGGAGUGCAAA